AUGUAUUUUAUUGCAAUGAAAUUUGUUGCCGAUAAUGUCAACUACUUUCAUCUUGAAACAAUCGGAUCGAUCGAAUACGGGAAAUUAUUUGUAUUGCUAUUCAAUGCAUAUUUAAUGCAAACGGCAUCAUAUUUCUAUGCACAUUUUGAGAUAUUAGCAGCAUCAUGUAUGCAAAUUUAUCUAAAAAUAUUCGAUAUUCAUGUUUCGCAAGCUGAACAAGCAUUAUUUCAAUUGAAAGAACGUUCAAAACGUAAUGAUUUUAUAUUCAUAACAAAUUGUUUAUUAAAAUUCCAAAAUUUAUGUACAAAAAAUCUUAAGUACAUUCAUUUGGCUAAUCAUAUUUAUGGUCGUUUAUUUUUACUAUUUAUGAUAUCACAAAUACCGUUUAAUUGUUAUCUGGCUAUAUUUUUAACUAAAGGUGAACAUAAGUGGAUUUUUUCUUAUUUUUAUGCAACAUUAUAUAUACAACAGAUUGCCUGUAUAUUUGGUGUUCAUUAUCAAUUAGUUCAACAUAAUCGACGAUUUAAUUAUUCGGCAACUAGAUUUAUUCAUAUAAUGGCACGUACACGAUUCUAUCGUGUAAAUUUAUGUCGUAAAUUAAAGUUAACAAAUUUUGCUCAAGCAUUUCAUACGAUUAAUCGUUAUGGAUUUAGUUAUGGUAAAAUUGAAUUAAUAACAAUGAAUGAAUUUAUCAAGUAUGCAUCAUUAUAUUCACAGUUAUUAAUGUUCAUUUAUUCACAUGUUCGAUUUCAAAAUGAAUGA